AUGGCUCGUCCAUCACUGGCCUCACAGCCGCCCGAGCUGUCCUUUUACGAGCUGAGCUUCCCGGCGGAGCAUGUCCUGCAGGUGACCAUCAGCCGCGAAUCACACAUGAAUGCCAUCCCCAUGGCCGGCCACUGGCAGGGCGAGCGGCUGUGGCAAUGGUUUGACGAGGAACCACAGCUCCGCGUUGCCAUCGUCACCGGCAAGGGGAGGCGGGCCUUUUGCUGCGGAGCCGACCUCAAGGAGCAGGCGCAAAAGGCCGACUCCCUCGAAAAGCCCGACUCGCCGUCCUUUCCCGCCGGCGGCUUCAUGGGGCUCACCCGGCGCGUUGGCAAGAAGCCAGUCAUCGCAGCAGUCAACGGCUUCGCAUUGGGUGGAGGAUUCGAGGUUGCGCUCAACUGCGACAUGGUUGUCGCGUCCCCGUCCGCCACGUUUGGGCUGCCCGAGGCGAAGAGAGGUCUCUGGGCUGCAGCCGGAGGCAUCCCCCGCGCCGUGAGAACGUUCGGAAUGCAAAUGGCGUCCGAGAUUGUCCUCGCCGGCCGCGUGCUGUCCGCCAAUGAGGCAAAGGACCUGGGUUUCUGUCGAGUCGCCGCGUCCGCAGAUACGCUGGUCGAUGAAGCCGUCGCGCUGGCCAAGGACGUCGCGUCCAUGUCUCCAGAUGCCGUCAUUGUGAGCCGUGCCGGCUUGAGAGAAACGUGGGAGACGGCAAGCGUGGAGAGGGCAGCCCAGCUCGUCCAGGACAGAUACGCCACACGCCUGUUGGGGGGUGAAAAUCUACGUCUCGGCCUCAUGGCGUUUGUGACGAAGACGAAGCCUGAGUUUGUACCAUCCAAGUUGUGA